AUGGCCACUCCAGUAUUCCAAAGAACAGCCCUUGAUCCAGAGGAGGCUUACUUUAUAAUGACCAAGAUUGAAGAGUUGGGCUUUAUCCCCAACAAAUAUGUACAAGGCUUUAGAACCUUGGAUACUGACAAGAAGUUUCAAGAUUUGGAGCCCAACAUAUCAACCACUCUACCAAUCUGGAUGGUGAUUGAAUUGCACAAGAAGAAACUGG